CAAACACCCAAAAACAACCCAUGGUUGAUAUUUUACCCAAUUCGUUUUCAGUCCAUGGCGACCAAGAACUCGAACCUCCGGCCGAAUCACCGGAAAUCGAGAAACUGGGUGUGGAUGACAUGUUACAGAAGUAUUGCGGCGAGUUCGGGUCCUGGCAAUUGAGGCACUUCUUGUUGACAUGCUUGGCUUGGGCUCUCGAGUCCAUUCACACCACCGUCAUGAUCUUCGCCGACCGCCAACCGGGCUGGCGGUGCUUGGACGGUGGCUCUGGGCGGGGUUGCUCGCCCGACGCCCAUAGUGUCUGUGACCUUAGGCCUGGCUCAUGGGAGUGGAUCCAUGGUAAGGGAAGCUCGACGGUGGCUGAGUGGGGCUUGGUCUGUGGUGAGAGAUAUAAAGUUGGGUUGGUUCAGUCUCUGUUUUUCGUAGGCUGCAUGAUCGGUGCUGGAGUAUUUGGCCAUCUCUCGGACUCCAAACUGGGAAGGAAAGGGUCACUAGCAGUCAUUUGCUUAUUAAACGCUGUCUUUGGCAAUUUAACCGCAUUAUCUCCACACUACUGGACAUAUGUCUUGUUCCGAAUUCUCACCGGCUUCAGCACCGGCGGCGUCGGCGUCUGUGCUUUCGUUCUCGCCACCGAACCCAUCGGCCCCAACAAGCGCACCGUCGCCGGAAUGUCCACUUUCUACUUCUACUCCGCCGGUAUCGCCAUUCUUUCAGGUAUAGCUUACAUUUUCCCAUCAUGGCGUGCUCUGUAUAUCGCUUCUUCCGUCCCCUCUAUCCUCUUCAUUUUGAUCCUUGCUUUCAUCAAUGAGUCUCCCCGGUGGUACCUAGUCCGAGGGAAGACCAAACAAGCCAUGAAAAUCAUGCAACAAAUUGCCAAAUCAAACAGAAAACACCUUCCCGGCAGUGUCCUUCUUGUCCUGGACGAAGAAGUUGAUGUCAAUAUGACUCCAAAUGAAGCUGAAGGGGAACCAAGAAAACCCAUCACCGGUUCUGUCAUAGAUAUUCUCCGGUCCCCGGUGGCACGUUUCCGGCUAUUUCAAACGAUGACCAUUUAUUUCACAGUCACAGUUGUGUACUAUGGCCUUACUUUAAACGUCGUCAAUCUCAAAACCAACCUCUAUCUCAACGUCUUCUUGAAUGCAAUAUCAGAAAUGCCGGCAUUUAUAUUAACGAUAGUUUUACUCGAUAAAUUUGGUCGGAAGCGAUUAGCGAUUGGGACACAGUUCUUCAGUGGGCUGUUUUGCAUUAUAGGGAGCUUAUUGAAGAGCCAUGGAGAGUGGAAAGUGGUGAGGAUGGUGUGUGGUAUUCUGGGUGUUUUUGGAAUGGCCGGAACUUAUAAUUUGCUGCUGAUUUAUUCACUGGAGUUGUUUCCGACGGUAGUGAGAAAUGCAGCUCUUGGAUGUGCAGCGCAGGCAUUGCAUAUGGGUGCGAUAGUGGCACCGUUUGUGGUGGUUCUCGGUGGUCGAGUGGCAUUUGCGGUGUUUGGGGCAUGUGGUAUUUUGGGUGGUGCUCUGGCGGUUUACUUGCCGGAGACUUUAAACCGACCGUUGUUUGAUACUUUGGCUGCAAUGGAGAGGGGAGAAAGUGUAUAGUUUGCUUUGGCAAUUAGAGCUUGUUUUAAGCAAAUUGUGUCCUUAAAGUAGCUGAAGAGCAUCGAGAGCUUUGAUUGUUGGAUAGCACUUGUUAAUAUUGACAAAUGUUCUUCGUACAAAACUUAUGCAAUGGAAUAUUAAUAUUAUUAUUACACUUUUA